CGCCGUCCACUUCACCAUCACUAAUACCACGACUCCCACCAUGCCCAGCCCCGUCGGCCCGCCCGGCGCGCCGCCACUUCGCCUCCGAACACAGGGGUACGCGCACCACUCGCUCAAGUUCAGCCCGUACUUUGAGGACCGGCUCGCGCUGGCCUCGGGCGCGAAUUUCGGGCUGGUCGGUAACGGGCGCGUGCACGUCGUGCGCGCCGGACCAGGGGGUGUCGGCGUGGAGAAGUUCUUUGAUACCCAGGACAGCGUGUACGACGUUGCGUGGAACGAGGCACACGAGAACCAGCUGGUCGCGGGCUGUGGAAACGGCGCGAUCCGGCUCUUUGACAUCACGCUGCAGGGCCUGCCUGUCGCUGCGUGGCACGAGCACACGGGCGAGGUCGUCGGCGUCGACUGGAGUAACCUCGAGAAGAGCCUGUUCGCCACGGCGAGCUGGGACGGGAGCGUCAAGGUGUGGGCAGUGGAACGCGCGACGGCGCUGCAAUCGCUGCCCAUCAACGCAGGGCAAGUCUACGCUGCCCUGUUCUCGCCGCACACGCCCGGGCUGCUCGCAACGGCAGGCCAGGACGGCCAGGUGCGCCUGUUCGACCUGCGCUCGGCUGCGCGCGCCGGCCCGCCCCGCCCCACCACCGCGUUCGCUGCCAGCCCCGCAGACAUCCUCGCGGCAGACUGGAACAAGUACCGCCCCGGCGUGAUCGCCACCGCGGGCAAGGACAAGGUCGUGCGCGUGUGGGAUAUCCGCAACCCCGGGGUGCCGACGGCUGAGCUGCCUGGGCACUCGCUGGCGAUUCGCAAGAUCCAGUGGUCGCCGUACCACGCCGACAUCAUCGCGUCGUCGGGCUACGACAUGACGGCGCGAAUCUGGAACACAGCGCUGCCUGCCCCUCGGCCCGCAAGCGCGACGUCGCAUCACUCCGAGUUCACCAUGGCGCUCGGGUGGGCACUGUUCGACGAAGGGGUCAUUGCGACGGCCGGCUGGGACCAGGAGCUGCACCUGUACCGGCCGGUGCUGUAG